AUGAACGCCGCCAUAAACGUCGCAGAAACCGCGACAGAGUCGCUAAAAAAACACAUGGUCAUUCCAGAUGUGAUUAAAGACCAAUCUUUCAAGCCAUGGGGUCUGCUAGCCGCAGAAUAUUCCCCUAGUUCGCCCAUUGCUAUGGGAAACACCCUUCUUGUGAAAGAUACACAAUCCAAGCCAAAAGUGCACUUCACAUUGGAUCCGCAAUCGGAGUUCAAAAUCAGAGACCAGGACUUGUUUACGUUGGUGCUCACUGAUCCAGACGCUCCAUCCAGAGAAGACCACAAGUGGUCAGAAUACUGUCACUUUGUGGAAGCUGAUAUCAGGCUACCAUUCGAAUACGCUCACAACUCCACGUCUGCGGUGCCCGAUUUCGUUUCAUGUGAGCUAAGGGGCGGUAGGAGUAUUGUUGAGUACCAGGGUCCUGCUCCUCCAAAGAAUACUGGAAAGCACCGUUACGUUUUGAUGCUUUUCAAGCAGCCUAACGACUCGUCGAAAUUCACCAAGAUUGCGGACAGACCUAACUGGGGAUAUGGGACUGCAGCCACUGGCAUCCACAAAAUGGCUACUGAAAACCACUUGCAGCUAAUUGCGGCAAACUUUUUCUAUGCGCAGGCCGAUUAG